GGUUAUGAUAGGAACUGCUAAGAGUAUGAAUACACAUCCAAACCAAAAGGAGUGGUCCCUGAAAAGAGUGAAAAGGGGAUGAUCAAGAUCAUAUUUUGUUUUUAUUUAAAUGAUUAUUUGUUGUGAUGUCCUUUUCCUUUUUCAUGUGGCACAAUACAUUGUCAAAUGAAAAUUGGAUCCCUGUCCCAAGUCUAAUCACUGUUUAUUACCUAAAAGGAGAAACAUACAAAUGGUAGGUACAGUAUUUUUCAUUUAUGUUGUUUGUUUGCUUUUUUGUUGAUUUUUCAUACCUUUUACUGAGGUGGCCAAAAUCGUCAGUACACCUUCAUUAAAGAAAGAAAUCAUUUUAAAUUUCCAUUCUAAAUCACUUUUAAUUCACGAUUACUAUUGUCAGUUUCAAGUUGUUUCAUUAAUAAUUGUAGGUUUGUUUUCAAAGUGCCAACAAUUUUGUCCACAUCUGUAUGAAACCUCUCUUUUGUCACAGUUGAAAAUGCUGUGUCCCAUGGACUUACUGGCAUUGCCUGCACUGAUCAGCAGCGGCUGUGGAACGUGGGGACUCAGAGGAAUCUUGGCCCAAAACGGUUAGCCGACAUUACCUUUUCGCGCCACCAAGCCACUGAUGUGCUGCCAAUGCCAGGGGAAAUGCCCAGUGAGUGUCUGCCACCAACUCCAUCAUUUUCUACACCAGAUGAGCUGAGAGAAAGCCUCAAGCACAUUCACCUGCCUGUGUCAAGUCUCCUGUUCAAGUGUGUAAAUGCUGCGCAGGGGGGCGUGGCAGAACAGCCUUCACCGUGUGCCAUCCAUGAUGUCCACGAUGGCACCAACACCUGCCAGACGUGUAUGUCGUUUUAUGACAGCUUUGUUGACAUCGGGUUUAAAAAAUGUGCAGACUUAGAACAUGCAACUCUUGAGCAGAGUGCCUGCCACUUGUGGCAUGACUCUCGCAGGCUCAGAAUCACUGCAAGCACAGCAAAGAAGGUCCCCAUCAGGGGCAAACCUCAGACCUUUAUUAGAGAGCACCUUUUCCCACGGUUCCAUGGCAACGCUGCAACUCACCAUGGUUUACAGGGUGAGACAUCUGCCUGCCAGUGGUUGGAGGCUCAUGGGUUUGCUGUCAGCCACAGAGGAACAGUUGUGUGUGUAAAUGAGCCGUGGCUGUCAGCAAGCCCUGAUGGAGUUUUGAACUCAGAGGAACUGCUGGAGAUAAAAUGCCCCCUCCUUAAGAGUGAGGAGUCUCUGGAGGACUUGAUUCUGAGUCAGAGGUACGAUGUGAAGAUGGUCGAGGGGACCCCUGAGCUGCAGCAAAAAGGUCCACGGGGCUUUUACAUGCAAGUGCAGCUGGGCAUGCUCUGCACAGGUCUGAGGGCUUGUAAGCUGCUCAUCUGGUCUCCUUCACAGCAGGUUUUGCUACACGUCCCCUACAAUGAGCAAUUCUGCAACACGACUGUAGCUAGGCUUAAAGCCUUUUAUUUUAAGCACAUGCUCCCUCACAUGUCAGAUGAGUUUCGGGCAGGCCGUCUUUUGCUUUCCUCAACAUACAUGCAACUCUGUAAAGAAUAGGCUGGAAAAUUUAGUUCAGGUAGAUUCAAAAGUUGUUCAAGUUGAUUCUACAGCAGAAAGAAAAUAGUUCAUAAAUAAAUUACACAAACAUUGGUUUUGGAUAUUCAAAUGUAUUUUUCAUUUUAGUGCUUGAGAGAACUCACAACUUAUGUAAUUUAGUUCCAUGUUACAACCAUUAUGAAGAAAAGCCUUGUUUGAAAUUGUUAAUGCUGCUUCAUAAGUUAAUAAUCUGUAGUUUUUUUCAACUUUUUUCUGUAUGUAUUUUUUCUAACAUUCCAUUCACAUAUAAAAUAUAAAUAAAGAUUAAGUUUUUUCAAACUUGUGAUGUAUUAUUAAAAUCACCAGUUUAAUCCUCCAUAUCGCUGUAUUAUUUUUUAAAAAAUAUGGUUCAUCUGGUCAAUAUUUACAAACAUGUAAUACAGUUGCCAAAGUCAAAAAGCCUUGUAUAGAAUGAUAAAACUACAUGGACCUAACCAAACACAUAUCUAAUGUUACAUAUUUACAGACAAAUAUUUACUGUGUGAACUGUGUGAAGAGAUGUGAAACACAACUUUGAAGAAACUUUG